AUGAUUGAUAGGAUUCUGGGAAAUAAAGGGUGGAUUAGGAGGUUUGAGAAGGCAAAGUGCACACACAUAGAGACUGAGGCUUCUGAUCACUGUAUUCUGAUGUUGGAUACCAAGCCUGAAAGGAAAAGGUGGAAGAGGAGGUUCAUGUUUGACAAGAGGUGGUUACAACACAGAGAUAUAGAAGAAGUUAUAGGAGGUGCUUGGGAAAGGCAGCAAGGGGGUUCAAGGAUGUAUAUGGUUCAAUCCAAGAUCAAAAAAGUUAGAAUGGAUUUGCUUAGUUGGAGUAAGCAGAAGUGCUGUAAUUCUAAGAGCUUGAUUCUAAAGGUAAAGCAGGAGAUCAAAGAGGUAAAGGAGAGCAGAGGUAAUGGUUACAGAAUUAAGUUAGCAAGUCUGAAAAGAAAGCUGGCAGAGGCUUAUAAACUGGAGGAGACAUAUUGGAGCCAAAAGGCUAGGGUGAAGUGGUUGCAAGAACGGGAUAAAAAUACGAGUUAUUUUCAUGCUAAGGUGGUAGGGAGGAGGAGGAUGAAUAGGAUCAGUGUGCUGAAAAACAGGAGUGGUGAGUGGUGCAAGGAUGAAGAGGAAACAUGCCAGGAGAUAGUUGAUUAUUUUCAGCAGAUCUAUACAUCUGAGAGACCUGAGGAUUUUUCUGAGAUUUUAGAGGGAAUUCCACAGACCAUCACUGAUGAGAUGAACAGAGAGCUCACCAGGAAGGUCACAGAGCAGGAGAUCAGUCAGGCAGUGUUUUCGAUGCAUCCUACUAAGUCUCCUGGACCAGAUGUCUUAUCCCCAAAAACUGCAUCCCCUAGCACUAUUGCAGAUCUUAGACCUAUAAGCCUGUGUAAUGUUCUGUACAAAAUUAUCUCUAAAGUAAUCACCAAUAGGUUCAAGCAUGCCCUGAAUUAUUGCAUUAGCCAUUCUCAGUCUACCUUUGUUCCUGGGAGGCAGAUUUUGGAUAAUGUCCUGAUAGCUCAUGAGUGGUUUUCUUCACUGUUGAAGCAAGCAGUUGUGCAGGGUAAGCUGACUGGGGUUAGGAUUGCAGAGGAAGCUCCUAGGCUGUCUCAUCUGUCUUUUGCAGAUGACUCCUUGAUCUUCUGCAAAGCAAAUGCUAUGGAAGCUGGACAGCUAAGGAGAAUACUAGAAGUAUACAGGGAAGCUUCGGGACAACUGAUCAAUAUUGAGAAAUCUUCUUUGUUUUUUAGCAGGAAUAUGAUGGGCAGACAUAAGGCAGGAGUAAUGAGGGAAUUGCAAGGGAUUAAGCAGGUCCAACAAAGUAGGUACUUAGGGCUGCCUUUGGUCAUUGGAAGGUCCAAAAAGCAGACUUUUGAUUUUAUCAAGCAGAAAACAUUAGAUAGACUGAAGGGGUGGAAAGAGAAGCUUUUGAGCCAGGCUGGGAAGGAGGUGUUGCUCAAGUCAGUUAUCAUGGCAUUACCUAUCUAUGUAAUGUCAUGUUGUAUGCUUCCAAAGGAUGUGUGUAGGAAAAUUAGCUCUGAGAUGGCAAAGUUCUGGUGGGGUCAAAAGGAAAAGGAGCACAGAAUCCACUGGUUGAGCUAG